AUCCUACAUCUUAUAGAAAAGAAUGAUUGGUCUUUUGGAUGCAAUCUUGGCCUCAUUAUACAUAUUUAUAUGCAUGGUUUAACCUCAACCAAGCUAUAUAUACACCCGUUAAUCGCGCUACAAUCACAACAGCUUACGCGGUCUAUCUAAAUCUUUGCAACUCCUUCUGCAUCUGAUCUAAUGGAGAAAGAUUCAGACAAACUUGCAGAACAAACCAAUCAACACGAAAAAGACCCGGAGACCAAUACUCUACAUCAACCACUUCUCAAGAAGAAUCAUACCCUUUCUUCAAGUCAACUAGCCCUCGUUGGCGCCAAAGUUUCGCGUAACGAAAGCUUGGAUUACGAGAUCAAUGAGAAUGAUCUAUUCAAGCAUGACUGGAGGACUAGAUCACAAACUCAGGUGUUGCAGUAUGUAUUUGUUAAAUGGUUAUUGGCGUUCCUCGUUGGGCUUCUAACCGGUCUCAUAACCACUGUCAUCAAUCUUGCUAUUGAGAACAUUACAGGAUACAAACUGUUGGCUGUAGUCAAAUACAUAGAGAAUCAAAGGUACAUGAUGGGGUUCUUCUACAUGACUGCGGUUAAUUUCGUAUUGACACUCUUUGCAACUCUUCUAUGUGUGUUUUUCGCGCCUAAUGCAGCCGGGCCUGGCAUUCCGGAAAUUAAAGCUUAUUUAAAUGGUGUGGACACUCCUGAUAUGUAUGGUGCCACAACAAUGUUUGUUAAGAUAUUUGGAAGUAUAGGAGCUGUGUCUGCAGGCCUGGACCUAGGGAAAGAAGGGCCUCUAGUUCACAUAGGCGCCUGCAUAGCUUCAUUACUAGGUCAAGGAGGACCCGACAAUUACAAGAUCAAAUGGCGGUGGAUUCGUUACUUCAACAACGAUCGUGACAGACGAGAUAUCAUAACCUGUGGUGCGUCUUCAGGGGUAUGUGCUGCUUUUCGGUCUCCAGUAGGAGGUGUUUUGUUUGCACUAGAAGAGGUAGCAACAUGGUGGAGAAGUGCACUUUUGUGGAGAACUUUUUUCAGCACUGCAGUUGUGGUGGUGGUGCUUAGAGCUUUCAUGGAGUACUGCAAAUCUGGACAGUGUGGACUUUUCGGUGAAGGUGGGCUUAUUAUGUUCGAUGUCAGUGAUGUUCCAGUACAAUACCAUAUUGUUGAUCUCUUGCCCGUAACUGUCAUUGGAAUCAUUGGAGGAGUUUUGGGAAGCCUUUAUAACUACGUCUUACACAAGGUCCUCCGGCUCUACAAUAUUAUUAACGCAAAAGGGAAAUUCGCGAAGAUCUUACUGAGUCUCACCGUCUCAUUGUUCACCUCUGCGUGCUUAUAUGGACUUCCCUUCCUCGCCAGCUGCACACCAUGCAAUCGAUCUGCAGCGGAUUCCGAGUGCCCAACUACAGGAAGAAUGGGGAACUUCAAAAAAUUUAACUGCCCGAAAGGACACUACAACGACUUAGCCACUCUCCUCCUUACAACUAGCGAUGACGCUGUCCGCAACAUCUUCUCAACCAACACACCAGGCGAAUAUAGUGUGUUCUCACUAGUCAUUUUCUUUGUACUUUACUGCAUAUUGGGACUCUUCACGUUUGGGAUCGCGGUUCCCUCUGGUCUAUUCCUCCCCAUCAUCCUCAUGGGCUCGGCUUAUGGUCGUUUACUUGGUAUGGCAAUGGGACCCUACACAACCAUUGAUCAAGGCCUGUACGCGGUUUUAGGUGCAGCUUCAUUGAUGGCAGGCUCAAUGAGGAUGACUGUUUCUCUUUGUGUAAUAUUUCUUGAGUUGACCAACAAUCUUCUUUUACUCCCCAUAACAAUGCUUGUCCUUUUGAUUUCCAAAACCGUUGGAGAUUGCUUCAACCCGAGCAUCUAUGAGAUCAUACUAGACCUUAAAGGGCUACCUUUCUUGGAAGGUCGCCCCGAGCCCUGGAUGAGAAAUAUAACCGUUGGCGAAUUAGCUGACAUCAAGCCACCCUUGGUAACUCUUUCUGGGAUUGAAAAAGUGGGCCGGAUUGUAGAUGUAUUGAGAAACACGACCCAUAAUGCUUUCGCGGUUGUGGACAAUACAUUGGUGCCUAGUGUUGGACAGAUGAGUGAAGUGCAUGGACUUGUGUUGAGAGCCCAUCUUUUAUUAGUGUUGAAGAAGAAAUGGUUUUUGAAAGAGAGGAGGAGGACAGAUGAGUGGGAAGUUAGAGAAAAGUUUACAUGGGUUGAUGUGGCGGAACGGUGGGGCACGAUUGAGGAGGUGGCGGUUACGAAAGAAGAAAUGGAAAUGUAUGUGGAUUUGCAUCCACUUACCAACACAACACCUUACACAGUAGUGGAAACCAUGUCUGUUGCCAAGGCUUUGGUGCAGUUCAGGGAAGUCGGGCUUCGCCACAUGUUAAUAUUACCGAAGUGCCACGGCCCUACGGUGCCACCAGUGAUUGGGAUCUUGACCAGGCAAGACUUGAUAGCCCACAACAUUUUAAGUGCAUUUCCUCAUUUGGAAAAAUCAUAUGGAACUCCAAAGAGAUGCUAAAUCUCCAUGUAAUAAAUUUUUGUAUUAUAAGUUAAAGAAGGUACCACACGAAUGUAAACGUCUAUGUAAGUAAGAGUAAAAGAUAGCAUUGUUCUGUCACUUACGCGUCAAAUAAGUUAUUCUUGUUGAGUACUAAAUCAGAUUUAUUUGGUUGAGCA